CUGUUUUUUUAUCACAUCUCACAAACCAAAAAAACCAAGCCAAAACAACAGAGAAAAUAGUCUCUAUAUAUUCUUUAAAUACUCUUCUUCUGCACUUUUAUUCUUAAUUGGUUUUCUCUUCGUCGUUUUUCUGCAAAGUUAGUCGUUUUCUCAGAAAAAUGGCCGGAAAUACCACUGUGAUUUUCGACUUUGACAAGACCAUAAUCGAAUGUGACAGCGAUAACUGGGUCGUCGAUGAAUUGGGUGCCACAGAUCUCUUCAAUCAGCUUCUUCCAACCAUGCCAUGGAACUCUCUCAUGGAUAGGAUGAUGAUGGAGCUUCACCAACAAGGAAAAACCAUUGAUGACAUUGUUGAGGUUCUCAAUCGGAUCCCCAUACAUCCCAGAGUUGUUCCUGCCAUUAAGGCCGCUCACGCUCUUGGGUGUGAUCUGAGGAUUGUGAGUGAUGCAAAUCUGUUCUUCAUUGAAACAAUGUUGAAGCAUCUUGGGCUGAGGGAGUACUUUUCAGAGAUCAACACAAAUCCCAGCUUUGUCGAUGAACAAGGAAGGCUUCGCAUUCAACCUUUUCAUGAUUUCAAAAACUCUUCACAUGGCUGCACUAUAGGCACCUGCCCUCCUAACAUGUGCAAGGGUGUGAUUUUAGAAAGAAUUCAGGCCUCUAUGGCAGCUGAAGGCAACAAAAGAAUCAUCUACUUGGGUGAUGGUGCUGGUGACUAUUGCCCAAGCCUGAAGCUGAAAGAGAGUGACUUUGUGAUGCCAAGGAAGAAUUUCCCAGUGUGGGACUUGAUUUCCAAGAACCCACUUCUCAUCAAGCCCAAAAUCCAUGAAUGGACUGAUGGUGAGGAGUUUGAGAAGGUUCUGCUCAGCCUUAUUGACACCAUUUCCGCCGAUGAGAAGUCUGCUGCUUUCACUUCAACUGACUUCAAAAUGCCCAGUAAUAACAUUGAUGUGUCGGCCAUACCCAAAGCCCUCCCAGUUCAGCAGUAGACCAACACCAUACAUUUUUAGAUCUAUAACAUAAUUAUUAAUAAUCCAAUAAUGUUACCCCUGUCCCAGAUUCAGAAGGCUUUGAUUUUUAUUUAUUUUUUUCUUUCUUUCUUUUGGGAUUUAUAGACCAUAGUGUCGACUGAUCUGUGCAAAUCACUUGCCAUGUUACAAUAAAGAUUUUUAGACCUCUUCUUCAUUCA